AUCAUUUUUUCAUUUCGCUUACAAUGUAACUAAUAGAUAAAAACAUACUUAGAAUAAGGCAAUUAACUAAAAAUAUUACUCUAACAAAAUUUUAUGGUUAAUUUUGUUGUAGUAAGCUGUGUUGACAAGACAGAGUGACCGUCCGGGAGGCGAGAUGAGACACGCCGGUGACACAAAUCAGCUGCUGAGGAGCAGCUAGUCACCUACUGGAGGAGGAACAGGUGAAGGGAGAUCUCAUAGUCACUAUGCAGACCGCUAACCACAGCUCUGAUCCCAAGAGGGCAGACAAGAUCACCAGAUACAAGCCUCCUGCACAGGGUACCCCCGGGGCUCCUGGUGAGGACCCCACUACUGACUAUAUGAAUGUGUUGGGCAUGAUCUUCAGUAUGUGUGGCCUCAUGAUGCGGCUCAAGUGGUGUGCUUGGGUGGCCCUCUACUGUUCUUGCAUUAGCUUCGCCAAUGCACGGGUGAAUGAUGACACCAAACAGAUGCUGAGUAGCUUCAUGUUGUCCAUCUCAGCAGUUGUGAUGUCCUAUCUCCAGAACCCCCAGCCCAUGACACCACCGUGGUCCAAUAUAUGAGUGUCCUCCUCACCACAUAGGACCAUAGGACUUUCAGGCUCCCUUUCCUCCGGGUACUUUCUACUUCUGUUUUAUAAUGGAAUCCGUGUCUCAUAUUCUGUCUCACAUUGUUGAACUUUCUUGUGGUGUUCAAUACAUUUUUUUGUACUUUCCAUGAAUUAUACAUAUAAUUGAAUAUUAAGUUAAGGAAUGAGAAACUGUAAGAAACUGUGAAAUAAAAUUGUCAUUUCAGAAA